AGUGAUGCCCCGCCACUUCCUGGACUCCAUCUGGUCCCAGUGGGACAACAGGGCCAAUGAGUUCCUGGCACCCACCAUACAUGCCACCAUGACCCACUUUGUCAGAGUGGUCAAAUGUGUCAUCACCACCUGCCUCGGGGACCCGACCAUGACAGCCCAGGACAGGGCCAGGUUGGUGGAGCUCUGGAUCCAGGUGGCCAAGGAGUGCAAAGGCCUGAGGAACCUUUCAUCACUUCAUGCCAUCCUCUGGGCUCUGCAGAGCCCCUCCAUCCAGCGUUUAAAGGAGACGUGGAGACGGGUGUCCAGGAGGAACUGCCAAAAAUUUAAAACCUUGUGCAAAACGGACCAGCGGGAGAGCAGGAAGCUGCUCAUGGAGGAGGUGAACUCUGUGUGGGCCACCCUGCAGAUGGACCCCCAGGGAGCCCAGGAGAGGCAGCAGCAGCAGGGUGUCGUCCCCUUCCUGGGCACGUUCCUCAAUCACCUGAAACUGCUGGACAUUGGGAUGGAGGAUGAUCUACAAGGAAAUCUGGUGAACUUCCAGAAAUGGCGUGAGAAAUACAAAGUCAUUAGGAAGAUCCAGCUGCUCCAGCAGGCUGCAAGUGAAUAUGACCUGAAUCCCGAGGAGCGAUUUGGGGCCUGGUUCCAGGCCAUGGAGCCCCUCAGUGUUGAUGAGAGCUACUGCCUCUCCUGCCGGCUGGAGCCUGCACACCAGAAGGCGAGCAAAGUGUGGCUCUUCAGGAGAAAGAGGAACCGGACAUCCUCCAGUUCAGGGCCGACCACCGUGCCCUUGGCAAGGAGCCAUAACCCUCUGGAGACCACAAGUUCAGCUCCUCCUGAGCAGCAGGGCCACUGGGACCCUCAGGGUGCACCGGGUCAGCUCUUCCCCCCCCACCCCAAGUGAAAGAGGACAUCUGAAGACUUUCCUUGGUUUCCCCUAAAGCCCCAGACAGAGGGCACGACCCCCCUCCAAGUCCCUGACAUCUCCACCCCAGGGACUGUUUAUCCAUUGAGGAGGAGCAUUAGUAUAUGUUUAAGAGUAAAUAUCAGAUUUGAAUGUUUCAGUAAGUUCUGUUUC